AUGUAUUACGACACUAAACAAGGUGAUAAUGAAUUGCAAGAAUUCUAUCGUUCUAAUCAAAAAGAACUUACUGAAGAAAAUGAAGAAUUAGACAAUGAUGAAGAACAACAAACUAAAAAACAACGAAAACGUCGUCGAAACGAAGCUUCAAUACUUGAAGAAGAAAACGAAAUUGAUCAACAUAGUAAUAUUCGACCUAAACGAGCAGCAGCAAUUCGUACAAGCGAAAGAAAUAGUAGUCAACAAAAAAUCAAUGAAUUCAUGAUUAAAAAACGUUCACCGAAAAAGAACAUUAGAUAUUUAAACAUUGAUUCUAUUCUUCCAUCAUUGCCAUUAAAUGAUAGUGAACGAUGUCCAGUGUGUGAUCGACUUAUAUCUAAUGAUAUACUUGAAAUUCAUACAAAUGCUUGUUUAAUUCAAAAUAGUAAUGCAGGUAAAGAAUUAAUUGAAAAAAGUAAACAACGAGCAAAUACAGAAGCUAAAGUAAAAGAAGUCUUAUUUGAACGAACAACACGUAAAAAUAUAGCUGCUCAUCUCAUUAGAACUAACAGUGAAACAACAACUUGUCCUACAUGUAAUAUGCAAAUGACAGUUUCACGUCUUGAAAAUCAACAUAAGAAUGAAUGUCCCAAUCGUCUUAGUUAA